UUAAUGAUUGGAGCUAUACCGUAAAAAUCAAUUAAUCUGUAAGUAUAUUAUUUUUUAUUUUUAGCAAAUGUUAUUGACCGACGUUCGAACUGGGCGGCGCCGGCCCCAAUAUUUUUUAACGUCUGGGGACGACUCAUCUGUUGAUUAUAUGACUUAUUCACAUAUAUAUGUUUGACCAGAAAUUAUAAUUAUAGGUAGUUUGAUUUAAGAAGUCACUGACAUGGAUCGGAAAUUAAAAAUAAAACGUCAUAGUAAUUUAAAUCAGGUGCUUGGCGAGAGAGUUUGCCAGACACAUCCAAUGCUGCCCUAAUAUUGAUAGGAAAGAAAGCAGUAGAGAUAAAUUGGCAAUGUAUUUGUAGACAUGUUAUACCGACAUAAGAGAUAUAUUAAAUGGUUAAGAGACUUGCGCACGCGUCGCGUCCCCGCCCGCCCAAGCGAUCCCCCGCCCGGCGUGAAUGCGCAUUCAUGUGACACACUUCGCCUGAAGCGGAUCUUUUAAAACUUUAAAAAAAUAAACUUUUUAAACACAAACUUUCGAAGUCAGUGUUUCAGUGUAUUCAUUUGUUUUUACGUUCGAAUUUCGAUUUUAGAAAUGGGUAUGAUAUCGCGAGUGCGUGGACGCAUACGAAGUGAUUCUUUCUCGAAGAUUCACACGCUUAAGUCCGAAGACAAAAUAGCUAAUAUCGUAUGGCUGUUGUCGCUCGUGCUGGUGCUGCCGUACUGGGCGCCGCGGGGGCUGCUGGUGGCGCUGGGCGGCGCCUGGCUGAUGGCCGCCUACACGUGCCUCGUCGUGCCCGUGCUCAUCUCCGCCAACUACCGCUACCCGGCGCGGUGGUGGCCCGACGCGGUGAAGCUUGCGCAAAAGAUGUGGCGCAGGCUGGAGAGGCCAGUGUCGUGCGCGCUGGGAGUGGUGCGCGCUGCGUACGCGCCGGUCGACCGCGCGGAGAAGCUCUUCCUGCAGAUGAGCAACCUGUCGACAAUGAUUGGACAAUUGCUGAUGUUCACCGCAUGCGACCGACUGUUCGUCUCUCAAGGCCGCCUGACCUGCCUCUACUCGCUGAUGUUCUACAACGUGGUCACCUACUCCGUCAGCUACGUGCGCGAGCUCUGCACCAAGGAAGACUGGUCGCCCUACGUCAACGUCACCCGCCACUCGCGCGUCAAGCAUCUCGCCAUGUCCGCUACCAAGAUUGUCCUUGAAUGGACUAAAGCCGUCACUUUCAUAGUCACUGUGACUUUUGUUCUGUUGGCGUUUGGACUGGAACAGGGCUUGGAGCAUUACAAACCGACAGCGCUGUAUACGCUCUUCACCGGUACUUAUUAUUUGCUAACGGAGCGGACGUUCUUAGAGAUCUGGCCUAUAGCUUUGACAGCGAUGAAAUUUGAGCGUCUAGAAGGUAUGGAGGCGCUGUAUUUUGGUGUGUGGGCACGAGGUGUGACGACGGCGUUGGCUUUGCCGCUGGUGCCGGCGCUGGCGUGGUGUGAGCGCUGGCGGCUAGCGCUGCUAUUGCUGUAUGUGAACGUGAUCGUUCACGGCCGGCACAGGCUCGGUGAAGCGUUAGGAAAGCUGAAUGAAGCGUGUGGCUCGCUCGCCAGAUUCCGGCGAGCGACGGCAGCGGAGCUCUCCACUUUAGAGGACGUGUGCGCCGUAUGUUUAGGCGUGAUGCGUUCGGCGCGUGUGACGCCCUGCGCGCACUUUUUCCACGCCGACUGCCUCAGGAGAUGCCUCGCGGCCUCCGACCGGUGUCCCAUAUGCAUCAGGCCGUACAUAUUCUGUUGAUUGUUGGACACCACAUUCGCCGGACAAGACUGUUGACAUUACGAAAGCCUCAAGCGCGAGAUCGAGAACGAGAUCCACGGGAAAAGUGGAUCAAUAUUUAUUUGCUUGGGGACUUUCUUGCAUGAUUUCUGUUCAUGCGCAAUUUGCAACCACUAUUUCUACGAUAACUUAGGUUUAUGAUAUAUUCGUAUUUACAUCCAAUAGGGUCUAAUUUAGCUUUCUAAAAAACAGUUUCAUGCACUUAACAAGUUAACUAUUGAUUAUUUAGUAAGCCAUUUAUAGAAAACAUAAUGAAGUAAAUACAAUAAAAAUACAACUUUUGACAAGCAGUGUCUUUUGUUUAUCAUGUAAAAUGCUCACAGCAGAAGUGCAGUGCAGCUGGUCGUGCAGUAUGAAACGCAACCUUGUAACUACAAUUUUGUUAUAAACACACGAUUGCGUAAAUGCGUAUUGCAUACCUAUGGUCCUUCCAACCGGAUUUCAGUAAUGAUACUUUUAUAAAAAAUAGUCAUACUACAUACUACAUGUCAUAUAACCCGAACCUAAAAAAAAUAUUGUCGCCACUAUUAGUUUUACUCUAUUUCGAUAUCGUCUUAAAGCGGGUGUAGUAUAAUUUAUUAUGGCUAGCUACCGCGCUUUUAUCUACUUAUUAAAUACUUUCCAUCGCCUUUCAUAGGUCCAUUAAAAAUUGUCCGUCUCGCAGGUAUACGUAUACUAUAAGAGAUCAGUUUUAUUUGUCUUAUGUAUACCCUUUGAAAAAAUAUGACAAUGACCAUAUUAUGAUAUGAUGGUGGCGUUUUUUUACAAGCUUUUAUUUACCUUGCUCUGUUAGUAUGUAUGUAUUAUGUAUUUUAGUUAGUGUGGGUCAAAUCUUGGAAGCUAAAUUUGACCCACUUUCCGAUUUCGUAAAUCGGGUGACAAUGCACUAUUAUUGAUGACAUGGAGCUGAUCUGAUGAUGGUAACAAGAGGUGGCCAUGGGAACUCUGUGAUAAAACAACGCAAACUAAUUGUGUUUGGCGUUGUUACAAUUUUCUUGAUGAGUACUAGUUGUCUGUGGAAAGAAAAGUACCUACAGUCAGCGAUAAAAUCUUGUACCAAAAUAGAAAUGUUUGCCAAAUCUUCUCGUAUAUCUUUUAACCUUUUCGCCGCCAUUGACUUGAUAUAAAGUCAGUACAUUACGUGCCCCGCACGCCAUGACUUCAUAUCAAGUCGUCAUUUUGGUCAGGUUUGUAUAGUACGUGCCAUUUUUCACGAGGCGUUGAUGACACUUUAUUACUUCACUUCAUUUCACGUGGUGGUGAAAAGGUUAAAUAAGACAUCGUACGACAAGUGACACUAUGCGAGAGUGACCGUUAUUUUAUGAACAGCGGGAAGUUGUAAAAACGCGACCUAUAGAACUACCGUACAUACUAGAAUUUAUUUUAUAUAUAUAUGAUAUUGUAAUACUUACAUGCCUGUGGUAACUAGUAACUACAUUACCUACCCACAUUCUUAUGGGUCCAAUCCAACGUAAGAGCUUUGUACUUAUACUAAUAAUUUUGUAAUAAAGCAAAUUUUAAACAACAAA